AAUCCGAAGUGCUGUUAGUUAAGUUACAUGAUUUUGACUUAUGAGGAACGAAUGGCGAUAUUGUUCGGGAACUGUAAUCUCAAUCACCAUCUUCUGAAGUUGAGGACAGUUGUUUCCCAGCAAUGCGGGGAUAUUUCGGGCGGCUUACUGACACAAAUGCUGGAAGAGCGAUCUGGUGGUUCCGACGACGAUACGAUCGAUUCUACAGAGGGAAUUAUAACCAAUAUAAGCCUUCCAAGAACUGUCUGUCCCAGGGUGCUCUGCCGGGUUGCGCAUAUUUUGUCGCUUUGUGGUGUCUGUUGAAACUGUCGAUGUGUGUGGGAGGCUGCGAGAGUUGAAGUGUCCGCUUGAGUGCGGCCAGAGAGCGGAUUAGUAACAGUUGCUGUGAGGAGAGGCGAGAGUUAUUUCUGCUGCUCGUGCUGCUGGCGGCGGUUGGGCAGGUGAAGGCAGCGCGCGAGGAGCCGACCCCUCGCGCACCUGGACAAGCGCGAGGUCUGAUUGUCCGCAGGAGACAGUUGUAUGUGUGGACUUGGUGGGUCUGCGCCAAGCACCUUGACUCAGCAUUUAACCAAAGUUAGCAACCUGGACAAGGUGUAGUGAGUCCUGCUCACUGGUGAGAUGCAGCAAGGAUUUUGGGAAGAGAUGAAUGCAGAUCCUGUUCUUGAAGAGACCUUAAUUAAACGAUCACAACAGAAGAAACGGACUUCUCCACUCAACUACAAAGAAAGAUUGUUUGUUUUAACAAAAUCAAGAUUAACGUACUAUGACGGUCGUCCUGAGAAAAAGUACAAAAAGGGCUCCAUUGAUAUACAAAGGAUUAAGUGUGCAGAAAUAGUGAAACAUGAUGCUGGCCCCAUUCCUUGCCAGAACAAGUAUCCUUUUCAGAUUAUAUAUGAUUGCAAUACCUUGUAUGUCUUCUGUCCAACUGCUGAGAGCAGAAGCUUGUGGGUGAAAAAGCUUAAAGAAGAAAUAAGAAAUAAUGAGUUAAUAAUACCAAAAUAUCAUCCAAAAUUCUGGGCAGAAGGAGUAUGGCAAUGCUGCAGACAAGCAGACAAACUUGCUCCAGGCUGUGAAGAAUAUAACCUCUUUGGAGAUAUUACUCGAAAGCCACUUCCUCCAACACCAGAUGAUGUGCUAUGUAACAAUCCACGAAGAUAUGCUUAUAAGCCUCCAUCAUCACCCUUUCCUCGACUUGAAGACGAAGAUUAUGAUGAUGAGGAGGAGGAGGAGGAAGAGGAGAUGGUUUUAGCAAUGUAUGACUUUGAAGCAUUAGAGGCACAUGAUCUAAGUCUAGUUAAGGGUGAAGAAUAUGUCCUGUUGCAGAAAUGUGAUGUGCAUUGGUGGAAAGCAAAAGAUAAAAAUGGACGCGAGGGCUACAUACCAAGCAAUUAUGUAACAGAAAAAAAAUCCAAUAACUUAGAAAAAUACGAGUGGUAUUGCAAACAUGCAAAUAGAAGUAAAGCAGAACAGUUGUUGAGAUCUGAGGAUAAAGAGGGAGGUUUUAUCGUGAGAGAUUCCAGCCAACCUGGGAUGUAUACAGUAUCACUUUACACCAAAUUUGGAGGAGAUGGCGGUGGAUCAACUCGACAUUACCAUAUAAAGGUGACCCAGGGACCUGUGAGACAGUACUAUCUGGCAGAAAAGCAUUUAUUUAACAAGAUUCCUGAAUUGAUUGAGUACCAUCAGCAUAAUGCAGCAGGUCUUGUCACACGAUUACGAUAUCCAGUGGGCCGUAAAGGACGAUCUGCACCUACAACUGCUGGCUUUAGCUAUGAUAAAUGGGAAAUAAACCCAUCUGAGCUGACUUUUAUGAAAGAGCUGGGAAGUGGACAGUUUGGAGUGGUGCGUUUAGGAAAGUGGCGAGCUCAACACAAAGUAGCAAUUAAAGCAAUACGUGAAGGUGCAAUGUAUGAAGAGGAUUUCAUAGAAGAAGCUAAAAUCAUGAUGAAAUUAUCUCAUCCAAAAUUAGUGCAAUUAUAUGGAGUUUGCACACAGCAGAAACCAAUAUAUAUAGUGACUGAAUUUAUGGAGCUUGGUUGUCUGCUGAACUAUCUUCGACAAAGAAGAGGGCAGUUAAACAAUGAAAUGUUACUGAGCAUGUGCCAGGAUGUAUGUGAUGGCAUGUCAUAUUUGGAAGCAAAUGGAUUCAUACACAGAGAUUUGGCUGCCAGGAACUGCUUGGUGAGUGAAUCGCAUGUGGUGAAAGUGUCUGAUUUUGGAAUGACCAGAUAUGUCUUGGAUGAUCAGUACACUAGUUCUUCAGGUGCCAAGUUUCCUGUGAAAUGGUCACCUCCUGAGGUGCUACAUUAUUCUAAGUUCAGCAGUAAAUCAGACGUGUGGUCAUUUGGUGUUUUGAUGUGGGAGGUUUAUAACGAGGGCAAAAUGCCAUUUGAAACCAAAACAAAUGCUGAAGUUGUUGAGUUCAUUUCGUCUGGUUGUCGACUGUAUCGACCAAAACAAGCAUCGAAGGCGGUAUAUGAGAUCAUGAAUCAAUGUUGGCAUGAGAAAGCAGAGAAGCGACCAGGUUUUUCAUGCCUUUUGGUGCUGAUUAAUCAAAUAAUAGAAUGUGACUGUUAAAGAGGCUCUUCUGGUUGGUUGUGGACUACUGGAGUGAGAGCAUGAUGCUGGAAACCCUGUUGCAUUUUAUGAUGGAUUUUCUUUUCGGUGAUGUGCAGGAUUUAACACAAAGUGAAGGCUUUGCUCUAACUUAGUAAAGGUUUCUCGAUAGAGACUUGAGGAGGAUUACCAGUGAUGCAGAUGCUCAUUGACCACACAAUUUAAACAUUAACAAACACAUUUAUUGAGAAGGAUGUUCAAUUUGCUGUGAUGUCAUCUCAUGAUUCUGCUAUUCUGCAAGUCAGUGCCAAUUGUUGCAUUGAAACUUACCUAAAAUGUCCCCAUCAUUUGAUGAGUGAUUAUUUUUUUUUGCUUUGCAAAUUCUAUAGGUUAAGUGCAAUUUUAGUCUGUUGUCUGAACUUUCUUAUUACAGAUUUCGGGAUUCAGCUGAAAAAUAUUUUGCCGUUCAAAUUCUAUGCAGUUUUUAACCUUCGUUGCCGCUGCCAGAGCUGGACUUUCAAGUUUUAUUAUAAUAUGUACUAUAACACAAUUGCACACAAUCCCUGUUAAUUAUUGAACUAUUAUUUGUAUUGCUGAGUUACAUAUUUAAUAGCUUUUACUUAACAACCAGAGCAGCAGCCUACAAUUCAAAUUAAGAUGUAUACUUUUUUUUAUUCUAUCCCAGUGGUCCCACAUAUUGCAACAACAUAAAAAUAAAAUGCCAGAGAUAGAUAAAUGGUUUCUGAUCUAGUUCCGAUGUCAGAUCCAUUCUUUGUUUGAAAUAAUAUGUCCCCUUUUAUUAAAUGGUGUUAAAAAUAUUUCACAAUAAAAUAAGAUGUUUUUGUUAAAAUGGCGAUGUGAAAGUCUAGCCGUUGUCCCAUUCGAGAGAUUUAAAUCCUCUAUUUUCUAUCAGAAGUUUGCAGUAUUUUUCUUGGGGCUAAUGGAAGAUAACUGUAGAUUUACAUGUUGUUUAGAGCAGAGAACGGUGUCCAUCUGUAAAUAGGUUUUUAUGAAGAUAAUUGAUUACUUGAGAAAACUCCAGUUCUUUGGAUCUAUCUGAUUCAAAAUUAGGGUGCAGACUUUUCUGAUAUCCUGGAACAGAAUUCUGUUAUAAAACUUAUAUCAGUGGAAUAAUAAGGAUGGAAAACUAGUUGGGACCUGGAAACAUUGUGUCACUGAACUGAGUAUAUCUGUUAAAAUUUUCUGCAGGAACAAGACUGUUGUAGCUUCUGGGAUAAAUUUAACGUAGGCCUGUAUGGAUUGUUGCUUUCAGAAGCUCUUUAGAAAUAUAGCGCCAGCAGUCAGAUUCAACAUGACAGCAAAAGAGAUGCUAAAUAAAAAUAUUCAAAUAUUAAAAUGGUCAGAAACAGAAGCAAAGUAGAUUGAUUUGUUGCGUGGCUGACAAAUGUUUAGUAACAUUUGUGUCACACAAUUGGAAGUCAAUGACUAUCUUUAACAAGGCAGAAUUUAACCUCCAACUUUUAAUUUUUGAUGGUGUUGUCUUUGCCUUCACUAAAUUCUACCCUGUUGACCAGAAACUGAACAACAACAGCCAUUGGAAUACUGUGGCUACAAGUUCAGGUCAGAGGUUGGGCAUUCUAUGGCAGGUAAUUCACACCCUAUCUCCCCAAUGCCUGUCCACAGUCAACAAGGCACAAGUCAGCAGCUGAUGGAAUACUUCCACUUGCCUGGACGGGUGCAGCUCCAACAGCACUCAACAAGCUUGACGCCAUCCAAGACAAAUUAUCCCACUUGAUGAGUGCUCCCAUCCAUCAUCUUCUGCAUUCAUUCCCUUCACCACUGCCACAGUCACAGCAGUGUGCAUCUUUUAUGAGAUGUAUUGCAGUAACUUAGCAAGGCUUGGCCAACAGCACCUUCAAAACCAGUGAACUCUACCAGCUAGAAAAACAAAGGCAGCGGUUAAAUGGGAACACCACCACUUGCAAAUUUCACUCCAAGCCAGAUAGCAUCCUCUACUAUUACCUUGUCAAAAUCUUGGAACUCCCUCCCUAACAGCUGUGUGGAUUUACCUAAUGCUUUAAUAGCAAAUGCUGGCUUAACCCGCCACAUGCAUAUGCCAUGAACAAACGAUAAAAGCAUAAUUAAGUUUAUAAUUUAAGCAUAGUAUGUUGUGAUGUGCUUUGUACUAUUAUUAAUGAAGUGUGUAAACACUCAUAUGAACCUGUUUCAUAACACAUUUUAAUAAUUUGAUGGAGAGUUUCCAUAGUGGUCUGACUGUGGAAGGAUAGGAUCGAUGUCAGUGGAGAAGAAUAGCUGCAAUUCACGGGUUUCCAGGCUUGGUGUACCGAGAAGAAUUGAAAGAGAAGCAAGCUAGUUUACUUUUCCAUUAGAGGACGGUACAAAUUUUACAGCCAGUUAGAUCAGCUUGUGCCUAUACGUUUCACCCAAACAUGCAGCAACUAAUAAGGUAGUGUUUCAAGAAUCCCAAUCCCCCUCUCAUUUGCUCCACGAAUCAUUAUAGAGACCUGGAUGCUGUCAAACCUUAAGCAAGCAUUGAAUACUACUAUACUGAUGACAGCAAGAGUAUAGGUGAACGGGAGCCUGGGAUUCUAAUUUCGUCACACUUAAAAAGCAGAGUGAUGAGGAUGCAAUGUCUAACGGCCAAAUACUAACUCAUAUUUAGCCACUGAAUAUCAUGUCAUAUUUUGACUAGCAGAACAUCUAUUUUACAAUGGAAUCAGACAGAUAUGGAAAAAUGUUUUUUAAAAAUUUUUGGUUGGUUGACCAUAUCAAGUUGGCACAUUGACAUUGUUGUAUGAUGGAGUAUAAUAAGGUUGACAUUUGUGCACUCAGAUCCUUGCUGUGUAAGAUUUAAAAAAAACAAUUGUCAGAUACACACAAUACUUCCAUGUUGGAAGAGGUGUCAUGGAGAGUUCAGAGGAUGUACCUUGACAGUUGGUUUAACACUGUUGUGAACAGAGAAUGUAAUGUUGGGGUAAUAGCCAAAUGAAGCGGAUAUUAAAGCAGUCUGAAGUCCAUAUGAAAUCUUGCACUGUAUUAUAAUAUUUAUUAAACAUUCGUAUAUUUGUUAACAUUGUUCAACAAGUCAAAGGUGAAUGUGCAUCUUUCCAACACUAGAAAGCUUUACCAUGAGAGAAAAUUUUGUUUGAACUUGCAAUUUAGAAUUUUGUUUAUAUUGUAUGAAAAUCUUAUAAAGCAUUUAUUAGAGAUUUAUAAAUAUGAUUUAGGAAACCUUUGUAUAUCAAGACCAAUUGCUUCCCCUUGCAGCUUAAUUCCCUACAUUUUCAGGCAUCAAAAAUGUAUUUUAUUGAAAAUAACAGGCUCAGGGAUGAUUGGUCUUGAAUAUAAUCCAUUAUUUUAGUUUCCAAAUUAGAUCAACUAUGAUGGUAUGGUUCUUUGAAUUUUCCUGCUGCUCAUUACUGGUGUGACACUCAAAUAUGUACAAAUGAAAAUUGGUAAAUUAAGAUGUAUU